UGCGACACACCUUCGUCAUGGCGCGGUCUACGACGUACCUUAAAUCCCAAUAAAUAAUAAUAUAUUAAUCGUGCGUGAUACGAAGGAUGGGCGGUAUUUUUUAAACACGAUUUAUCGAACCACCGUAUUUUAUAAUUCAUUUUAACAUACGCGCUGAUUAAACGCACAAAGUUUCCAUGAUGAUUAUGUAUACCGCCGCUGAAGACCGCAUGGGGCAAAACGAGAUUGCUCAGGUGAUAGCGUUUAUAUGUGGCGUGAUAGUCAUUCUUCUGAUGAUAAUGGGACUGGCCUCAACCGACUGGUUGAUGGCCUUGGGAUGGAGACAGGGCCUCUUCGCGCACUGCAUUGAAGAGGGUGCCCCAACUCCUUUACCAUUCAAUAUGCUCGAACCAGCUGGAUGUUAUCAGGCUCGAGAUGUUGCGUACAUCAGAGCAGCAGCAGCACUUUGCGUUGUAUGCCUCUUAGCUGAUAUAGCAGCAACAAUUUUAACAGGUCUUGGACUGCGAUCACAGGAUCAUCGAGACAAACAUAAAUAUUAUCGCUUUGCGGUAUUCUGUAUGGGAAUCGCAUUGGCUUCCCUCUUAAUAGCGCUUGUCGUUUAUCCAGUUUGUUUUGCUUCUGAACUCAAUCAUGGAAAUCGAACCAUGUGGGAAUUUGGCUGGGCUUACGGCGUUGGCUGGGGAGCAGCAAUCUUUCUAUUCGGCGGAGCUGUUCUUCUCCUAUGCGACAAAGAAAGUGAAGAAAUUUACUACAAAGAGAGAAAGAUAGUCCGUGACGAUAUUGGAGGUGGAGGAGCAGGCUCGAUGAUUGGGGUAGGGCAUCACGGAGGAAGAAGUGGCACACAGCUUGCCUAGUGGCAUUGCUCCCUGCCCGACGUUGUCCUCUAGGUGACUGGUUACUUUUUUCUUCUGUCAACACAGUGCGCCGCACGCCGCACACAAAUUAAUUAUCACGCGGGUCAGAUUUGGAUAAAGUAACGGUGUGUCUGCUACUGUUUCUGAGAGUGAAUGAUUUUUUAUACGAGCAAAGUGUCUUUAGAAUUCGUAUGUAUAUAUAUAUGUAUACAUACGUAUAUGCGAAAAAAAAUCAAUCUCAUGAAUACCAUGUCCGCAUAGAGUCCCAAGAUCAUAUAUUUUGAUCACUAACGCAGGGAUCUACUUUUCGGAUCCACUUAAUCGUCAAUUACGUUAGUUCUUUUUAUUAUCAACGACUUCUUACCCAAAUCAGGGACUAGCAACGUACCAUGUCGACUGAUCAAAUAUAUGCUAAAUCUAUUAUCGCCACGGAGAGCAGACUAACGUACAUACAUAUUAUGUACAGUGAUUAAUUUGACACCGGACGUAUUAAAAUUAUGUAUUAUUUAAGAUUCUCAGACGUAUUAUUGAGCUGAUUAGUACUAUUAUUUAAUGAAAGUACAAUGUCCUUUGACACUCUAAAGAACGAGCACAAAUGCAACUGAACAUUUUCAUGUCUGUUUACACUUUUGGUAUCCCUAGACAUGUUUCCCCAAAAUCAUGGCAACUAACUAAUUCCAUAUCAAACCAUUACUCCCUCCCCUCCCCCUGUUCAUGCAUCGCAUGUUCUUUUUUCAUAAUGACUAUUGAUUUACAGUACGAAUUUGUUUAAUAGAUCGAUUAUCUCAAACGUAGCAGAUGACAUUCCUCAAUAAUUGCAUAUCAAAAAAAUGUUUCCUCCUCCUCAACAAUGGGUUGGCGCAGGUCUUACUUUAAUGUGUGUCAACGACUGACCGACUGCAAAGAAGUAAGACGGGCAGUUUACAGUGCAGCAAUAGAUUAAGAUGAAUAUCUGGAUUUAAAUUAUUAAUGAUUUUUGGUUAAACAAGAGUGCAAAGUGUUUGAGUGUAUGAGGAAAAUGAGGCAGCUCGGGCAGGCAUUACCGAUCCAUCGUGUUACCUGCGUCACAUACGUGUGUACAUACAAUAGAAAUUUUACGAAUGCUUAUAACAAUGCAAUGCAACAUAAAGUUAUAUUAUAGUUAACGCGGAUAUGACGGUUGCACUAACGAUAAGCAUAAUGUGGUAGAUACAUAUAUAAAUAUAUACCUAUAAUUUAUGUAGAUGUAUAUAAAUAUAUGUGUAAUUGUAUACAUAUAUUUGUAUACAAUUCGACGUGAUUAAGUAUUAAGAGAGAAAGAAGAAGGAAGAGCAGCAAUGUAAUGAGAUAUUACAGAGAAAAAAAUAAUUUUUAAAUAAAAAAAAAAAUUAAAAAAUUUCCAAUUUUUUACGAAUUGUACCCAAUUAUAGAAAUUUAAAUUUUGCUGAAGCAUCUUUCGCUGAAGUUUGGUGAAAAAUAAUAUGGCUGAGACUCUAAUCUAAUCAUACAUCAAAUUUUUAAUUGAAUAACAGUCAAAGAAACUACUUUGAUCAUUGAAAAUGUUAUUUUAUUUUUUUUCAAGUGAUUCCAUAAUAAUAAUAGAUUAUCAACACUUGUUACUCACGUUGUUAUAUAGUAAAAUUUAAAACGGAGUUUAGAAUUUACGACAGAUUAAAGUUUGAUAGAUAACUGGCUCAUUACUAUAAUCUCCGGCUAUACUAUUCUGUACUCCAAUCAGCUCGAGAGUUGAUAAAAUGGGAUUAGACUUUAUACGGUUUGGUACAGACUUGAGUGUGCAGCAUCAAAAAUAUAACUUCCAUACUGAUUCCGUUGAAUAGAUGAUAAAAGAGCGUCCUCAUUUGUUGUAAUAUAGUGUAGAAGUAUUAUGAAUAAAUAUUUCUCGACAUCUUCAUAUCAGAUAGUAUAAGCAUAUCACAAGUAAACGCAAGUCAAUGAUUAAAUUGAGAUUUUAAUGUUAUUGAAUAAUAUCCAAAUAUAAAUUCUGUGUUUCCUACCAACAUAAUGUAGAAUAGAUACGUAGUAUUAUCUGUCACCGAUGUUUGUCUAACAUUUAUUUGAUGUAUACACAUCACAGUAAUGUACAAAGUGAAAUAUAGAUCUAAAAGCAG